AUGAGCGCGGCGGCGGCGGUGGCGGCCGAGGUGGAGGAGGCGGUGGCGCGGCGCUACGAGAUCAAGCGGCGCCUCGGCAAGGGGGCCUACGGGAUCGUGUGGAAGGCCGUCGACCGCAAGACCGGAGGGAUCGUGGCCGUCAAGAAGAUCUUCGACGCCUUCCGGAACCGCACCGACGCCCAGAGAACUUUCCGAGAAAUAAUGUUCCUUCAGGAAUUUGGAGAACACCCAAACAUCAUUAAGCUCCUGAAUGUCAUCCGGGCUCAGAACGACAAGGACAUUUACCUGGUUUUUGAAUCCAUGGAGACAGAUUUGCAUGCUGUGAUUAAGAAGGGGGAUUUACUGAAAGAUAUUCACAAGUGUUACAUCUUGUAUCAGCUCCUGAAAGCCACCAAAUUCAUCCACUCCGGAAACGUCAUUCACAGGGACCAGAAGCCUUCCAACAUCCUGCUGGAUGCAGACUGCUUUGUUAAGCUGUGUGACUUUGGCCUGGCGCGUUCCCUGUGCCAAAUCCACAAGGAUCAUGGCAACCAAGCACUUACUGAGUACGUCGCAACUCGCUGGUAUAGGGCCCCUGAGAUUCUGCUUGCUUCUCGCAGCUACACCAAGGGUGUAGAUAUGUGGAGCGUCGGCUGCAUUCUGGGGGAAAUGCUGCUCGGGAGGCCCUUGUUCCCAGGCACGUCCACAGUCAACCAGAUCGAGCAGAUCUUGCACGUCAUUCCUCCUCCGUCCCCAGAAGGAAAUUGUUGGACUCUUCCUUGCAGUAACAGUUGGGUUGUUUCUGAUUGCAGAUGUCGCAGCCUUGCAUUCGGACUACAGAGCCUCGAUUAUCAGCCGCCUGAGCUCCCAGCCCUGGACCUGUUGAAAAGGCUCCUGGUCUUCAACCCUGAUAAGCGGCUGACAGCAGAGGAAGCCCUGGAGCAUCCCUACGUCCACAGGUUCCACUGUCCAGCCAAAGAGCCUGCUCUGGACUACAACGUGAUCCUCCCCCUGGAUGACGACUUGCAGCUCUCUGUGGCGGAGUAUCGCAAUAAGCUGUAUGAGAUUAUUUUGGAAAGGAAGGCAAAUAACCAGCGUCAGAAGCAGCAGCUCCAAAGCAAGACUCUUCAGCCCAGUUCCUCACAGCCCCACCUCCCUCCUGAAUCUCCAUGUAAGAUGGAGGGAGUGCCCCAGCCCCUUCCGCCAAGGGGCUCUCCCAUGCCAUCAGGAGCUGUGGCUCCUUGUGAAGCUUCCCACCACAGUGCAGGUGAAACCAGAGGUCGCUGCCCAAGGUUGACAAUGAGUUCCACACUGUGCAACCCUGUUGCCUACACCUCUGCCAACAGUAGCCUCCUCUGGCAUCCUGGCAUCCUGGCACGGAAUUGUUCUGCUCCGUUCUCUUCCCAUCAAGCCCCCUCCUCCCUCAACAGGAGGCCGGCAUCCUGGGCACCAGCGAGCCAUCCUACCCUUGCGGCAGGCACGAAAGAGCUCCCUGGCGCAUUGAAAGGCCCCGUGGGCCAAAGGCAGUCCACAUUCCACGUGAGGCCACUCUCGCUGUCUGGCCAGGCCCAAGAAGCUGCUCUCAACCACUUCCUAAUUCGGAAGGAGUCCUCUCCCAGCAAGGCCACAGCUGAGCACCCGAAUUCAAAGACUUCUGAGGCUCACAGCAAGGAAGUCCACCCCAUUCCAAAACCGAGUAGAAAGAUGUUCCAGGUCACAGCAAACGUGGGAGCAGCUGGUGAUCCUCGGGCCUGCCUGGGGAGUUACUCCCAGUCCUAUGGGACCAUCUGCAAGUCUGCCCUUCAGUGCCUGCCUCUGCCGAGUUCCUGCCCUCCGGCACUGGCCCCAAGUGUGCAGAAGCAAUGACAGGUCCAACCCCAAGAGCAUC